AUGAAUACUCAACCAGCACAAGGUGGAAAUAUUAUUUACAGAGGUACAAAUGGCGAAGUCAUCAUAACCCAAACCCAACCACCACCGCAACCCCAACCACCAGUGGUGGAAGAAGAGCCCUUAUAUGUAAAUGCUAAACAGUAUCACCGUAUUCUUAAACGACGUGCUGCUAGAUUAAAACUUGAAGAGAUGCACAAAUUGGAAAGAACAAGAAAACCAUAUCUUCACGAAAGUAGACACAAGCAUGCUAUGCGUCGUCCAAGAGGUCCUGGUGGCAGGUUCCUAACUGCUGCUGAAAUUGCUGAAUUACAAAAAGCCGGAAAAUUACCUACAAACAACAGCAACAACAGCAACAGCAAUAACAGCAACAAUACGAAUGAAAGCAACAACAACAGCAAUAACAACUAUCAUCAAGUCAACGGUAACCAUAGCAGCGCAAAUGGAAACACCAUUUCAACAGAAGAUAUGAAAAACCAAAACCCAUCAUCAAGUUUAACCAACGAAUUCCAUCAAUAA